CUCAAGUGACAAAAGGAAAAAAGAAAAAGAGGAAACUGAUCAUGCUUAGUCUUCUUUAUAUGUACGCCCUUCAUUCUCCUUGCCAUGUCCAUACUCUUCUUUCUCUCCUAUUUCUUGCUUAGUUUCUGUAUUGGGGCAAAGAAUUUGAUCUUUGUCUCCACCUUCCUCCCUAUUAACAAGUCUUAAUAUUUCUUCAUGCCCUAAGCUAGUGAAUAAGCUAUACCGUAUAUAUAUAUAUAUAUUUUUUAAUCAAGAUACAUAAGGAGAGAGAAUCAUGAGUUGUAAUGGUUGUCGAGUCCUUAGAAAGGGAUGCAGCGAAAACUGUAUUCUUAGACCCUGUUUGCAAUGGAUUGAAACUCCUGAAGCUCAAGGCCAUGCCACCAUUUUUGUUGCCAAGUUCUUCGGCCGUGCCGGUCUCAUGUCCUUCAUUUCCGCUGUCCCUGAAAACCAACGGCCUGGUCUAUUUCAAUCCUUGCUAUAUGAAGCAGCUGGAAGGACAGUAAACCCAGUGAACGGAGUUGUGGGACUAUUAUGGACUGGCAAUUGGCACGUUUGUCAAGCGGCGGUGGAGACCGUCCUCCGCGGCGGCACGUUAAGCCCGAUACCGGAGUUAUUCGGUAAGUCAUCAGAACUUGAUGAGGAAUCUGAAUGCACACACGUGUUUAAGCUUCUAAAUCAUACGCAAAAUACGCGAUCGAAGAUGCAAAAGCGGCGUGGUUCUUCAGACGAAGCAGCAGCAAAAGUGUUGCAGUUGGAAAAUCUUGAUCUCAGUUUAUUAACACGAGGUUUUCAGAGUGAAAUCGUGUAUAGUCCUUUGCCGGAGAAGCGGCGGCCCAGAACUCCGUCAAGAAAAUCAGAGGAAUCUGUAACCACUACGUAUUUCGAGAGUAGUCUUGGAGAUCAUCAAGGAAAACAACCCAGACUCCUGAGCUUGUUCACUUAGGUUUUUUAUUAACUUGAAACCUUUUCUUUUUUUUUGGUUAAUGAGGAAGGGUUUUUUUCCGGGAAAUAGAUUCUGGUGAGAUUUUUUUGUACAUUACUGGCUCAGGAUUCUUCAAGCUUUUACUUUCUGAUAUAGUACAAGAAAGUAGAAACAUGCAUGGGGAAAAAAGAAAGUUUGCCGGUGUUUCCUUCUUUUGUGUUUCUUUGCUUUCUUUUUGGUGUCUAAUAACCAGUCUAAUGAACGUUGGACAUGAAUAGAAUGAUAUGUUUACUGAUCUC